AUGACUGUUUCAACGCUGCGCAAAACAACAUCCCGGAUCCCCGGCCCGUGGUACACCAAAUGGACCAGCCUCGUGCUCAAGUACUACUGGAUCAGAGGGGAGAAGAGCAUAUACGUGCACUCCUUGCAUAAGAAAUACGGUCGCAUCGUCCGCAUCGGCCCCGACGAGGUCUCCGUCUGCGACAUUGACGCCCUCAAGGCCAUAUACUCAGUCAAGGAGACGUUCCGCAAGACACCCUGGUACCGCGACUUCGUAGCCGGCAUCGAGAACAUAUUCAGCACGGGCGACCUCGACUUCCACCGCAAGUCUCGCCGCCUGCUCGCCGGGCCCAUGGCCGACUCGGCCAUCAACGAGCUGGCCCCGCGCGUCGGCGGCCACGUCGACCUCACCAUCCAGCAGAUGAAGGCCGAGAGCGAGACGCGCAAGGCCGUCGACGUCUGGAAAUGGUGGCUGUUCAUGACUACUGACAUUAUUGUCGAGUUUACCUUUGGCGAGUCUUUCCACAUGCUGCAGCACGGCAAGGUACGACCAUUCGCCCUUCAUGGCAUCCUCCGAGUCCAACUAACCGCCUUGGUUUUGCAGGAGAAUGAAUAUAGCUACUUUUUGAAAAACUCGGGCAUCUUCGGCAUCUACCGCUCCGUCAUGCCGCGCAUCACGCAGCUCAUGUCCCUGCUCCCGCUGCGCAGCAGCAAGACGGCCGCCCGGGCCGUCGCCACCAUGGCCCAGGCCGCCUCCGACGGCCUCGCCAUCCACCAGAAGCUCGUCGAGGAGAACGGCACCGACAACGUGCGCCGCACCUUCUUCACCACGCUCUUCGCCGCCGAGGACGGCAGCACCGAGGUCUCCCAACGGCGGCUCGUCGGCGAUGGCCAGGCCUUCAUCAUCGCCGGCAGCGACACGACCGCCAACACGCUCACCUACGCGGUAUGGGCGCUGGCGCGCGACACGUCGCUGCGGGAGGCACUGCUCGCGGAGCUGCGCGCCCUGCCGGAGGGGUGGGCGGACGCGGACCUGCGCCGCUGCGGGCUGCUGGGCCGUGUCAUCAAGGAGACGCUGAGGGUGCACGGGGUGGUGCCGGAGGGCUUGCCGCGGGUGGUGCCGCCGGGGGGCGCGGCGUUGUGCGGGUUCCGCCUGGACGGCGGCACGGUGGUCAGCGCGCAGUCGUACAGCAUGCACCGCGACCCGGCCGUGUUCGACCGCCCGGACGAGUUUGACCCGUCGCGCUGGGUCGAGCCCACCAAGGAGAUGACGGACUCGUUCAUGGCCUUUGGGCGCGGUUCUCGAGUCUGCAUCGGUCAGCAUCUGGCUCAGACGGAGCUUCGUAUGGGCCUCGCCCGCUUCUUCCUCACUUUUCCCAACGCGCGCGCGUCAACCCGCGAGGGCAUGUCUGAUGAGGACAUGGUUGAGUCGUCGUACUUCAUCAUGUCGCCAAAGGGCCACCGCUGCUUGAUUGAGGUGGACUAG